GGAUCAUUAAAAAAUGACUGUUUGGUUCCUUCAAGCUGUCUUUUUAACCAUUUAUUCCUUUAAGCUGUCUUUAUUUAACGUAAAGCCCUUAAUAAACAACGCUGAAACACGUGAUAAUAUAGUAGCAGAUUAGCAGCUCUACGAAGUUAGAAUAGUGGAGUAAAUUGAGAUUGGAUCACAACAUGGAACAGGCAAAGAAAGCAAAGAUGUCCGCUUUGGAGCAGCUUAAAAAUUUUACAACUAUCGUUGCUGAUACCGGUGACUUUGAAAGCAUGAAGCUUUACAAGCCCACCGAUGCCACUACGAAUCCUUCUCUUAUCUUAAAUGCUGCCAAAAUGGAGCGUUAUCAAGGCAUCGUAGAUAAAGCUGUCGAGUACGGCAACAAGACUGGAGGGUCUUCUGAAGAGAAAGUAGCUGAAGCCAUGGAUUAUUUAUGCGUACUAUUUGGAUGUGAAAUUCUGAAAAUUGUUCCCGGUCGUGUAUCUACAGAAGUCGAUGCACGUUUGUCGUUUGACACAGACAAGAGUGUUCAAAAGGCUUUGAAAUUAAUUGCCCUGUAUGAGGAUAUGGGCAUUAAAAAAGAUCGCAUCCUUAUAAAGUUAGCCUCUACCUGGGAAGGAAUACAAGCAGCAAAAAUUCUCGAAUCUGAGCACAAUGUUAAAUGUAACCUUACUUUGCUUUUUUCUUUCGCUCAAGCUGUGGCAUGUGCUGAGGCCAAUGUCACCCUAAUUUCCCCAUUUGUUGGCCGAAUUCUGGAUUGGUACGUUGCUAACACCGACAAAAAGAAGUACGAGCCCCAAGAAGAUCCUGGCGUUGUUUCGGUGACAAAAAUCUAUACAUACUAUAAAAAGUUCGGCUACAAGACCGUCGUUAUGGGUGCUUCCUUUAGAAAUACGGGAGAGAUUAAAGCUCUCGCUGGAUGUGAUUUGCUAACUAUUGGGCCUUCAUUGUUGAAAGAAUUAGAGAACGAUUCAGCUGAAAUUGUUCCCCAAUUGAGUGCUGAAAAAGCAGCCGAAGCAAAUUUGGAAAAAAUAAGCAUUGACGAGCCGACAUUCAGAUGGAUGCUGAACGAGGAUGCCAUGUCGACUGAUAAACUUUCUGAGGGUAUACGCAAGUUUGCUGUCGAUGCUGUGGCAUUGGAGAAUCUCAUACGUAAACGUAUUGAGUUAUAAAUGCACUUGUCAUAUGUCAUAUCGAUUUAUCAAUUGGUACAGGAAUUCCAUUUUUGUUUUUCUCUCUUUUGUAAGAAUAAAGUUUAACUAAAAGUUGUUUAAGAUUUCGUAAAA